AUGGAGUACACAGGGAGCCAAUAUAUUGGGGAAUAUGUAGACGGGAGGAUGGAGGGCGUAGCCGAAUACAUCCUCCCUACCAAAACGAAAUACGUCGGAGAAAUGAAGGACGGCAUGUUUCAUGGCCAAGGAACCCUGUACUUCCCCAGCGGGAGCCGCCAUGAUGCCAUUUGGGAAAAGGGACUGGUCGUGAAGGGCACGUACACCUUCUCGGACGGGCUGCAGUUCGACGCCCAGCACUGGCAUUACUGCGACAGCUGCGAUCGCAGGUUUUACACCGAGAUCUGCCAUGGCUUGAAGCCUGCAGGUAUCUCUCAACUCACCGACAUGGACCCACCUAGAAAAAUCCCUCAGGGCUGUUAUGACUGUGGAGAUGGCUUCUAUAACCCGGCCACGAGGAUAGUCAAGGACUAUAGGAACCGCUUUCUGAGAAAUGCAGAUGAUGAUGAGCACGAGUGGAUCAUCAGGACGUGUCGCAAGGGAUGGGACGAGAUCGUGGGUCACCGACCCAAACUGUGAGCUCGGCGGGCGGAGGUUUCCUCUAGACUGUUGGCCGUGGCCAUGGCCGGCCCUGGGGGCAGCCUGCAGUUCCAGACCCUGGCUUUUAACUCAGGAAUAAAGCCUUUCUG